CACCAACUAAUAACAUCAUUUCUCUACAGUGUGUACGGAAGUAAACUAUGACCAAGAACAAUUUACACAUGAGCGUUUUUUCAUUGUUAUUUGGACAUUUAUAAAUACCAUGGAACUCAAAAUAUGGCUCAUUUAACUGCGCAGCAUCACAUUCCCCAUCUAUUAUUUAAUUCGCUUUAGAGACAGGACUUGGUUGUUAGACGUUAUCUUGGUAUCGCUAGCUGCUAACAAUGGCUAACUGUAUGGUUUUUCACACUCAAAUAGCCUCCAUCAUGGAGGUGCUAGCAAAUACAGCGGUGGCAGAGAUCUGUAAACUCGUAGAUGACGACUAUGCAGUGUUUCGUUUGGAAAUAACUCAAAGCCAGAAAGAAAACAGAGGAUUGCGGAGGAAACUACUGGAAAUGAAGGUGUCACGGGAGCGCGCAGAGAGAACAAUGCGAGAGCGCGUCCUCGCCAGUCGUCCCAGUAGUGUCAAGAUCCUCGACCGAUACAGAGGAAUGGCAAGAGGACAUCUCACUGGAGGCCACAGAAACUUUGUGAAGCCAGCGGGGCACAAUACAUGGAGAGAUGACCAACAAAUCACUGUUGAUGAGGGGAGUGGAACCUCAACCCAGUAUGUUAUCAUGAUAGAGUCUGCAGAUGGAGAGGCUGCAGGUACUGGAGGAUCGUGUCUGGUCAAGCAGGAGAGGACUGAAAGAGACGACCCACAACACAGCAGAGAAAUCCAGACUGUAGACACGGGGGACCAUUCCACCACCGCUAUGCCCCAGCCCAGGACCAGACGCAGCAUCACGGCAGUCAGUGGAAUGCCGAACGCCGUCCUCAAGUCCGAGACAGACAAAGAGACUUUAACUGUAACCAAAAGGCUUUUACACACAGGAUCUGACCACAGGUCAGAUCCAGAGAGACUGAGGCUGGGGCCACUGGGCUGUCCUGCUGUUCCUGGCUCAGAGUACUUACCAUUAUUUCGUCAGAGCCAGAUGACGGAUCAUUCCUGUGGAGAUGGUGAUUGUGACGCAUUAGACACAGGCAGUGAUGAUCCGUCUUGUUCUUACUCUACAGAGCUGGACCCUGGCAACAUGCCCUUGGGUUUAGAGACACAGACUGAUAUGUCAAGAGGGGGCUGGAACCGGUACAGUAGUAGUGUAUACUUUGAAGGGUGCCUAGAUAAGAAAGGGGAAGGUCUGGUCGUAGAUGAAGUGAAAGUGGAGGGCGACACUCCUCCCACACAGAAUGGAGAUCGUCACCUUGGAGACGGACACUCACAGGGCAGAGAUUUCUUAGAUUACAGGGAAAGCUUAGAGACAAAUCCAAAUGUCACAAACCACUACACUUUACACUCAUUCAGGGACCCAGUGUCCACGUCGAUGGGACCUUCCGACCCACACGGCUCAAAUGACAGGGCUAGAGCCCAGGCUCAGGGAGGGGAAGCCACAUCAGGCAAUAGUAAAGAUAAACGGUUCCUCUGCAUGUUCUGUAACAAAGGCUUCAGCUGCCUCCAGAAGGUGGAGAUCCACCAGAGGGUCCACACAGGGGAGAAACCCUUCAGCUGUACCCAGUGUCAGAUGCGUUUUGCCCAGACUGGUGACCUAAAAAGGCAUCAGAGGGUCCACACGGGGGAGAAACCAUUCGGCUGCCACCUGUGCCAGGCUAGUUUCUCCCACUCCUCCAGCCUGAAAAGGCACCAGAGGGUCCACACAGGGGAGAAACCCUACAGUUGCCCCCAGUGUGAGAAGAGGUUCUCCCACCAGCACCAUUUGAAGAUGCACCUGAAGGUCCACACCGGAGCGAGGUUGUUUGCCUGUACGCACUGCGGGAAAAGUUUCUCAGAGAGGAGCUACCUCAGAAUACACCAGCAGAAAAAACAUUCCAUUCUAUAACAUAUAAAGUAACCAUUCUGCUCAAAGUUUAGAUCAAACCUUGCAUUAAAGACAAAGAUUAAUUUGUUGUCAGCAGAAAAAAACAGAUGCAUUUGGUAUAACAAGAGUUACAGAUUUCAGUGUUAAAAUAUUCCUGAGUAGAAUAUUGCAUCGAGACAGUGUGUGAUAUAUAAUAUAUACAGUGCCUUCGGGAAGUAUUGAGACGCCUUGACUUUUUCCACAUUUUUUUACAUUACGGCUUUAUUCUAAAAUGGAUUAAAUUAAACAAAUCCUCAGCAAUCUACACACAACAACCCAUAAUGCGAAAAUAGGUUUUUAGACAUUUUUGCAAAUUAUAUUACAAAUAAAAAACACCUUAUUUGCAUACAGUACCAGUCAAGUUUGGACAACUACUAAUUCAAGGGUUUUUAUUUAUUUUUACUAUUUUCUACAUGGUAGAAUAAUAAUGAAGACAUCAAAACUAUGAAAUAACACAUGGAAUCAUGUAGUAACCAAAAAAGUGUUAAACAAAGAUUCUUCAAAGUAGAGACCCUUUGCCUUGAUGACAGCUUUGCACACACUUGGCAUUCUCUCAACCAGCUUCACCUGGAAUGCUUUUCCAACAGUCUUGAAGAUGUUCCCACAUAUGCUGAGCACUUGUUGGCUGCGGAGGCAGGGACUGGGCGACUAGUUGGGAAAAAUGAACGGAGCAAAGUUCAAACAGAUCCUUGAUGAAAACCUGCUCCAGAGCGCUCGGGACCUCAACCUGGGGUGAAGGUGCACCUUCCAACAGGUCAACGACCCUAUGCACACAGCCAAGACAAUGCAGGAGUGGAUUCGGGACAAGUCUCAAAAUGUCCUUGAGUGGCCCAGCCAGAGCCCGGACUUGAACCCGGUCAAGCAUUUCUGGAGAGACCUGAAAAUAGCUGUGCAUCAAUGCUCCCCAUCCAACCUGACAGACCUUGAGAGGAUCUGCAGAAAAUAAUGGGAGAAACUUCCCAAAUACAUGUGUGCCAUGCUUGUAUUGUCAUACCCAGGAAGACUCAAGGCUGUAAUUGCUGCCAAAAGUGCAUCAAAAAAGUACUGAGCAAAGGGUCUGAAUACUUAUGUAAAUGUGAUAUUUCAGUUUUGUUUUUGUAAUAAAUUAGCAAACAUUUCUAAACCUGUUUUUGCUUUCUUAUUAUGGGGUAUUGAGUGUAGAUUUAAUUUUUUGAAUAAGGCUGUAACAUAAAAAAAUGUGAAAAAGGUCAAGGGGUCUGAAGACUUUCCAAAGGGACUGUAAAGCCUAAAGUUUGUUGAAUAUUGUGUUUGUACUGUAAGCUCUACAAUGUUCACAAAUGUCUGUUUCAUUACUUCCAUUCAACUAUUGUUUCGACAUUUUUUAAUAAGAAAAUUACGGCAAUUUAUCAAGUACAUGCAGAAUUUUAGUUCAGACAUGUUUGUGUGGUUUUCAUAUGGUGUAUUUAAACUAACUUUGUUUGAAAAAUCCAAUUUUGUGUUUAUUAAACAUUCUAAGACCCAACAACGACUUAAUAAAUAUACCUACACUAACAAACACCUACAGUACACAUCAAAAUAGUUUAGUCAGGUUUGUCUGAUGACUUGACUUAUCAUAGCUGACUUAUUUUUACCCACAAAAUCAUAUUUACAGUGCCUUCAAAAAGUAUUCACACUCCUUGAAUUUUUCCACAUUUUGUUGUGUUACAGGCUGAAUUUAAUUAAAAUGGGUUAAAUAGAGAUGUAUUGUCACUAGCUUACACACAAUACCCCAUGAUGAAAUGAUGAAAUAUCUUGAGUAAGUUAGUUUUCAACCCCUUUGUUAUGCCAAGCCAAAAUAAGUUCAGGAGUUAACAUUUGCUUAACAAGUCACAUAAGUUGCAUGGACUCACUGUGUGCAAUAAUAGUGUUUAACAUGAUUUUUGAAUUACUUCCUCAUCUUUGUACCGAACACAUAUGUCAUGUCCCUCAGUCGAGCAGUGAAUUUCAAACACAGGUUAAACCACAAAGACCAGGGAUGUUUUCCAAUGCCUCUGAAAGAAGGGCACCUAUUGGUAGCUGGGUUAAAUAUAAAAAGCAGACAUUAAAUAUCCCUUUCAGCAUGGUGAAGUUAUUAAUUACACUUUAGGUGUAUACAAUACACCCAGUCACUACAAAGAUACAAGAAGGAAACCGCUCAGGGAUUUCACCAUGAGGUGACUUUAAAACAGUUAUAGAGUUUCAUGGCUGUGAUAGGAGAAAACUGAGGAUGCAUCAACAACAUUGUAGUUACUCCACAAUACUAACCUAAUUAACAGAGUGAAAAGGAGGAAGCUGGUACAGAAUAAAAAAUAUCCUGAAACAUGCACCCUGUUUGCAACAAGGCACUAAAGUAAUACUGCAAAAAUUGUGGCAAAGCAAUGUCCUUAAUACAAAGUGUUAUGUUUGGAGCAAAUGCAACACAUUACUGAGUACCACUCUCCAUAUUUUCAAGCAAGCAUUAUGUUAUGGGUAUGUUUGUUAAUUGGUAAGGACAGGGGAGUUUUUCAGGAUAAAACAACCAGAAUGGAGCUAAGCACAGGCAAAAUCCUAGAGGAAAACCUGGUUCAGUCUGCUUUCCACCAGACACUUGGAUAUGACUUGACCUUUCAGCAGGACAAUAACCUAAAACACAAGGCCAAAUCUACACUGGAGUUUCUUACCAAGAAGACAGUGAAUGGCUGAGAUAUUUAUCUAUUUAAUUUUCAAUAAAUGUGCAAACAUUCAAAUAA